GCGAAACCCAAAAAGAACUUCUGGACCAUGAAACCGUGAUGCUACAAAAAGGCCCUGCGUCACAUAUGCAAGAAAUGGAGCAUUGUUAUGGAAUACAAUACAAAGACUGCCUCAUGCCACGCCAUCCACUACUACCAGCCACAUUCGCAUUCGCAUUCGCAUUCGCAUCUGCAUACGCAUCAGCGUAUCAACAACAAUUGCAGCAAUUGCUGCAGCAACAGCAACAGCAACGGCAACAGCAACAGCAACUGUUGCUGCAACAGCUCCAUCUCCAGCCACAAGAAACAACAGCAACAACAGCAGCAGCAAAAGCAGAAGCCGAAACAUCGAUACGGUCACACUGGCCGCAGUCGCUACAACUACAAAUACGAUGCCGUCGAGGAGUGCUGCCGUCCGAUCUUCCACGAGCAAUACGGCUCCUUUGCGGACAUGUUGUGAGUGGGCAUCAGGAGGUGGGCAGCAAGGCGGAACACACGGUACCUACAGCAGACGAACUACAAAGUGUUAUACUAUAUAGAGGAGCGAGAGCAGGAGGAGGGACAGGCGACGGAGAGGAUGGAAGGGGAGCAGGAGCAGGAGACGGAGUCCGAAACAGGUGCGGAUACGGAUACGGAUACGGAUACGGAUUGAGCAGUUGCAGAUGUUUAAUGUUAGCUGGUUACAUAGGUAGUUUCUUCAUUUACACACACAUACACAUACACACA